GGAGACCCGCGCACCACCCGCCCUCCCUCCUCCCGCUCCCCCCCGUCCCGUCCCCUUCCCCUCCUCCGCCCCAGCGAGGGAGCGAACGAACGCGUGAGCGGCCGGGCCCAGUCACCCCGCCAGGUUGAUUUUCCUUCCAGCGACCAAAGAUUUGACCACUUUCAAGCCUGACUUAACUGAAUACAGCUCAAGAUGGACACUGGUGUUAUCGAAGGAGGUUUAAAUGUCACACUUACUAUUCGCCUACUUAUGCAUGGGAAGGAGGUUGGAAGCAUCAUUGGGAAGAAAGGAGAAUCUGUAAAGAAGAUGCGUGAAGAGAGUGGUGCUCGCAUUAACAUCUCAGAAGGGAACUGCCCAGAACGGAUUAUCACUCUUGCUGGACCCACUAAUGCAAUUUUCAAAGCAUUUGCUAUGAUCAUUGACAAACUGGAAGAGGACAUCAGCAGCUCAAUGACCAACAGCACGGCUUCUAGCAGGCCCCCCGUCACUCUGAGACUUGUGGUACCUGCCAGCCAGUGUGGCUCUCUCAUUGGGAAAGGAGGCUGCAAGAUCAAGGAGAUAAGAGAGAGCACGGGGGCACAGGUCCAGGUGGCUGGAGACAUGUUGCCCAACUCAACUGAGAGAGCGAUCACCAUUGCUGGGAUUCCACAGUCCAUCAUUGAGUGCGUCAAACAGAUCUGUGUGGUCAUGCUGGAGUCUCCCCCAAAGGGUGUCACCAUCCCCUACCGACCCAAGCCAUCCAGUUCUCCUGUCAUCUUUGCAGGCGGUCAGGACAGGUACAGCAGCGGCAGUGCAAGCUACCCCCACACCGCCCCAUCAAUGUGCCUCAACUCUGACCUGGAGGGACCACCUCAAGAGGCCUAUACCAUUCAAGGACAGUAUGCCAUUCCACAGCCAGAUCUGACCAAGCUGCACCAGUUGGCAAUGCAACAGUCACACUUUCCAAUGUCUCAUGGCAACACUGGAUUCAGUGGCGUUGAAUCCAGCUCUCCAGAUGUGAAAGGCUAUUGGGCAGGUUUGGAUGCAUCAGCUCAAACUACUUCUCAUGAACUCACCAUUCCAAAUGAUCUGAUUGGAUGCAUCAUUGGGCGCCAAGGCGCCAAGAUCAAUGAGAUUCGCCAGAUGUCUGGGGCGCAGAUCAAAAUUGCCAAUCCAGUGGAAGGAUCUACUGACAGGCAGGUUACCAUAACUGGAUCUGCAGCCAGCAUUAGCCUGGCUCAAUAUCUAAUUAAUGUCAGUUUAGAAAGCGCUAAACCCUCCUCCCAGGCAGCCUCCGUCACGAUCCCCGACCACCUCAGCAUCAACCUCUCUCAACCCUCCACCCCUUCUUCUUCUUCCUCCUCCACCACCACCCCCUCGCUUGCGACAGCGGGGGUCUCCGACGCACCCUCCAGCCUCCCCAACCCUCUUCCGACCGCCCCCUGUGUCUCCAGUCUGCUUGGCAUGAAACCCGUCCCUCUCCUGGCUCUAAAUGUUGUGUCUGCUGCUAAGGGUGCCUCCACCACCUCAGCUGUGCCAUGUGUUACUAACAAACUGAAAACGGAAAAACAGAGAUUCUCUCCUUACUGAGUGUCUGCUUGUGGCCUUAGAGGAACAGCAGAUUGCUUUUCAGCAAUGGGGAUCCCAUAGAGGAGACUUGGAAGAGCUUUUUUUAAAACUUCGAAAGAAAAGUGAGCUUUGUGAUUCCUUUAGGAUGGAGUUUUUUUUGCUGGCAACCUCCACUAGGUCAAAGACAAUUGAGCAAGUGUAUUAAUCAGUUUGAGUCCAGUAGUGAUCUUGAUUAUGUAGCUUGUAGCUGUUGCUUUAGUAGUUUUGUUUGCAUUGUUACAUGGAAUAAGGUGGGUGGGGAGGGAGCUGGGGGGGCAGGGAAUGCUAGGGUCCGUUAACGAAAUAACUCACUUGCAAUUCCUUGGUUUAAGCUGUGCAAAGAUUCUACUUUGGCCAAACUUGUCUCAAUGUCUGUCCUUGUAAUAAAGCUGUCACGGUGAGAACAUGCACAGAUGUGCCUGAAUUGGGACCGAACUCUGACCACAAGCUGGUUGAAUCUGACAUUGCACCCCCAGGCUAAACUUUUUUUUGAAAAUUAUCUGCACUACUUCACUGCACUAACACCAUUAUUAAGUAUAUAAACUUUCCUAUGGAGACUCUGAUACCUAAUAACACAAUUGUGAGGGUGUGAGCUGUAAUGGUGCUGGGGGACAGGUUCAGAUCUUGAAUACUAUUCCUGCUCCUUUACAAACUGCCACUUGCCAGCGUACACAACUCACCUGCUCAGUAGAAAAAGUAAUAUUCUUUGUGUGCACACCGUUCCCAUG